AUGCUUAAUGAAGCAGAGAAACAAGUGCGGGAGCGAGGAAUAUGCGAUACCUUGUUCUUGAACAAUGGUGGUAUUAGGGCACUAUCUAUUAUUCAUCUAAAAGUUAAUGGUUUGUUAGCAACAGCUAUGGUAGACGCGGACUGCUAUUCCGUUUGUGGGCAGUUGUUAGGUCAUUUAUCAGUAUGUGAUUGGUUACGUGUAGUUUGUAGUCUUUUAAAAGAUCCACCUUAUGGUGAUUGUGCUGUACAUGGUGACGAGAGGAAUGUGUGGGUUGAUGCAAGUUAUUUGGCAAGUGGUGCAGUUAUUCAAGUUGGAAAAACAACUGUAGAAGAUGCAACACGACUACGAAAAGAAAUGUCUGAGGAUCACAUAAACAUGGUGGAGCUGGAUGCUGUAAUGCGAGAAAUGAAUAUGGCUUUGACGUGGAAAUUAACGAAAGUAACUAUUUUUAGAGAUUCCGUGACAGUGUUCUACUGUGUCUCUGACGCUCUCACUGGUAAGUCAAGAUUGAAAUCAAAAGCAAUGGGUGAAAUGUCGAUUCGAAGAAGGUCAGGCGUUCUGCGACAAUGUAUUGAAGAAUAUAGUAUUAAUGUAAUUGUAAAACUUGUUCCUUCAAAAGACAACUUAGCUGACGCAUUGACUAGAGUUCGAAGUAGAUGGUUGAAUAAAUUGAUGGAGGCUAAGAAUUCGAGCAAUUCCGUUGGAGCAGUAUUUGCAGAGGCUGAAUUCAUAUCUAGCAUACACAAGAGAACUGGACACUUUGGAGUAAACCGCACUCUAAACUUUGCUCGUAAAGUAAUUCCAACCGCUACCGUAAAUGACGUUAGAGAAGUACAUAAAAUAUGCGAACCAUGUCAGUCAGUAGAUCCACCACAUGUACUAUGGGAGAAGGAAAAAUUGAGCGUUAAAGAAAAUUGGGAAAGAGUGGCCGUAAACAUCACAUAUUUUGGCACAGAAAAAUUUUUAACUCUGGUUGAUUGUGGACCUUCAAUAUACGCACUGUGGCGAUAA